GAAAGUUAAAACAGUUAUGGCUGUGUCUAAACCAUUACACGAGAACUCAGAAAUGUUAUCUUGUCCAAUUUGCUCUGAAACAUUCAAGUCACCGAAAAUACUUCCAUGCUUACAUACAUUUUGUGAACCAUGCAUACACGAGUUUAUUCUAUCUAUAGGACGCAAAAAGGACAACAAAAUAUCAGAGUUUGCAUGUCCAAUAUGUAGGACAAUAGUGAUACCAUUAAAUCCCGAAGAGUCCAUUGACAAAUGGACGAGUAAAUUGCAGGACAAUGCUACAAUAGCAACAAUGAUUGCAUUAUCAACAGGAGAUAAAACACAGGAGUGUCAUGCUUGUAAACGAUCGAAUGAAAAAUCUGAUGCUACAUUUUGGUGUAAGAUAUGCGAAGAAGCUCUAUGCAACAAGUGCAAUCAAAUGCACAGCAGAAUGAAACUGUCAUACACACAUGCUGUCGUCAAGAUUGAAGAAUAUGGCCAAAGUACAAAUGGUAUAGAUUUAAAUGGUAUUUCACAACACUGUCACAUGCAUCCUUCAAAGGAACUUGAAAUAUUCUGUUGUGGUCAUAAGAAACUAUGUUGUGUUUUGUGUCUAAUCACCAAACAUAUAGAAUGUAAAGAACUAAAAUCAAUUGCAGACGGUUUUGGUGAGAACAAUGAUUUUGAAGCUUUUCCAGAAAAACUAGGAAAAAUGAAAGACGCGACAAAAAAACUUAUGGCGGAGAAAGAACAACAUAAGUCCGAUUUUAUUAGAAGUACAGAGACCGUUGAAGAAGAAGCAGCAAAAAUUGCUGAAAUGAUGAAAUGUAGUAUAGAUAAUUUAUUUGAAAUGUUCAAAAAGCAAUUACAUAUAUUUCGUGACGAACAGAACACUAAUCAUAAUGUUCGUCUACGUUUAUUGGAACAAUUUGUUAAAAGUCUCGAACACUGGAUGAGGGUAACGAAGGUUGUGAAGGACGAAGGGUCCAACACACAGUUGUUCGCUCAUGUAGAGACAAUGAGAAGCCAAAUUAAAUCGAGUAUCGUGAAACUUCGUAAAACAUUUCAGAAUGAGAAUCUUAUCACUCUCAAUCUUAAACGCAGUGAAAUAGUUGAACAGUUACAAACUGCAGAGAUACUAACCACAUUAGAACAAACAAAAGAACUCCUAGUGGAUCAGACUAGUGAUAUUUUCAAAUUGUGUAAAGAAUUGGGUGUAUUUACCUGCUAUACAUUUGAAGAGCUCAGUUUAAGGAAGGUCAACACAUUUUAUUUAAAAGGCUCAGAUAUUGGGUGUGGCAUAUCUAUUGGUGAUGAAUACAUAGUAGUUGGAGAUAGAACGAAUGAGAAAAAAUUGCACAUGCUUGAUAAACAUACCGGCACCAUUAUAGAUUCGAAGGUGUUAACUGGUAACGUGAAACGUUUGUGUUAUGAUUUCGAGUUCAAUCAAGUUUUUAUUUCUUGCUAUGGGCAAAGACUUGUUGUUGCCACAAUACAUGGAAAUACAAUUAAAACGCCACAGAAAAUCGCGUUUGAAAAGGAAUUUGUUGGAGCAUUAUUUUCUCAUAACCACUCUAUAUUCCUGGUUGGGGACAAUGCAGUUAGAAAAUUUGCUAAAACAUUUAAUCCAAACAAUUUAGGAAAACUGACACAUUGUUUUUCAACGAACACUGAAAGCGGGUUAAACGGUAUGAAUAUACUUGACGAUAACAUCAUUUUUACAACAAAAGACAAAGAAAUCAAACGUGCGACAUUAGAAGGUAAAACUGUAUAUUGCUAUAAAAACGAAAAAAUUGUGACACCGGAGUGUCUGGCUGUGUUACCAUCUGGAUUGGUCCUAUUCAUUGAUAGACUUAACAACGGUUCGUUACAUGUACUAUCUGCUGGUGGUACAAAGCAUAGAACAUUGCUAGAAAAGUUUGAGAAGAUUGAAAAUCCAAUGGAUAUGUGGCUAGAUGUAGAUGAAGAAACUGUAUACAUAGCUGGAGAAGAGUAUAUCGAAGUGUACUCUCUCUAUUAGUCAUGUUUGUUGUAACUGGAUUGUAGUAUAUUAAUGUACUUAUAUUUAAAGUGUGUUGUUUUAUGCAUUUACUUGUAUCCAUGUUACAUGUGAAGAUGCCACUGUACUAAUUAGUUUUCGUGUUAGCCUGAUAAGACUAACAUGAUAUAUGGGGUUUUCGUUAAUGAAACAGGAAACCCAAAUACAACAAAACCAGACGAGAAGAUAUGUAUAAUAGAUCAACAGACGGUCUUCAAUGUUAUGCAAGUGUCUAUAUUACUACAUAUAUCACGUAUACCACAAAACUGGUCUUCGUCUUGAUAUUUUUCCGUACAUCUUAAGGUUUUAAUUCAGUUUUCCUUGCUGUGACAUGGGACAGUCUUUUAUUUUAGUUCAAAGUCAUACAUUUUAGAUAAAAGGCACCACAUAGCUAGCUGCAUUUAGAAAAAGAGAAAUGAUAACUAGGUAUAUGCUGAACAAUGUGGUUUACCGGUUAUUACCUUUAAAUGGACAUCUAUGAGAAAACCAUGCAGAUGGUGCUCCAUGCAAAGUUGUUUGAUUUUGAUAAUAGUAUGAUACUUUAGAUGUUUCCCGGUAAUAAGUAUAACCGGUUAUAGCUAUUGUAUAAACAGAUGAAAAACCAACAGAAGUGGGAAAUCCAUAUUCAUAUCUUAGUCAAGACAUUAAAAAAUUAAAAGAUUUUUUUGUGAUAUUUUAUAUUUUUUUGCCUCCUUUGGUUCAAUUGAUAAAAAUGAUUAUAACAUCUUAUUAAAGCUUGCUCAAAGGGUAAAUUGAUCAAAGCGUUCUUGUGUAAUUCAGAAAUGUACACCAAAUGAAGUAAUUACAUGUUUACGUACCUAUAUAUGUAUAUAGAGAUAACAAAACAGACACCACAGAAAUAUCAAACUUUACCAAAAGCUAAAAAAAAUCUGAAGAACAAGACAAGUUAAAUUUGUGAUUCAUGCGAUGUUUAGAUUCGACUAUUCCUUUUUGUUAGAUUUUUCUCGACUUAUUAAAAAACAAAGUUUUUUCAACUUCAUUCAGAUACACUAUUUUCUACAUAUAUUCUGAAACAUUUGUUUUUUCUCUCAAUAAGUUUUGAA